UUGCUAGGUUAUUCUCCAAGCACACAACGACGUCGUUUGCUAAUGCUCUUGAGAUAUUUCUCGUUCAGAAAUUUCUCUACAUUUUCAUUCAGUCGCAUAGUAAGGUUGUGUCAUGUAUAUGCUGUUGCGUUUCAAUAACUUAGACUUUUAUUGUGAAGAGUAGUUUGACAGUUGUGGGCGUUUCGUCACUGUGUCCGGCUUCACGACGCCCUCAGUCAAUAAAUUUAGCUUGUUAGCAAUAAAACCGCUAACAUGAAGGCAGUUUUAUGUCGUUAGCUGUUGCAAAAAAACAGUCCUGCCGACGUGUUUCGCUAUGAGGUUAAAUAGCGACAAUCGGAUGAGAUUGCAUCACUGAGUGGGUGAUGUCCGCCCAGCCUCUGCAGCAGUCCAGGGAGGGCUCAGCAGCCUGCUAACCGAGCCUGCCCGGCUAGCUGAUGCUGAUGACUGGCUGUUUCCUCACAUUGAUUUGCAGUGGGGGGCACCAUGGCCGGUAAGGUGAAGUGGGUGACAGAUAUUGAGAAAUCAGUGCUCAUCAACAACUUUGAGAAGAGAGAAUGGAUUCCGGUCUCAGAAAACGAGGACUGGAAUUUCUACUGGAUGAGCAUCCAGACCAUCCGAAAUGUGUUCAGCGUGGACACCGGCUAUCGUCUGUCAGAUGACCAGAUGGUUAACCACUUCCCCAACCACUACGAGCUGACCAGGAAGGACCUGAUGAUCAAGAACAUCAAACGUUACCGCAAGGAGCUGGAGAAGGAAGGCAGUCCGUUGGCAGAGAAGGACGAGAACGGAAAAUACAUUUAUUUAGAUUUUGUCCCCGUGACUUUCAUGCUCCCUGCCGACUAUAAUCUCUUUGUGGAGGAGUUCCGCAAGAACCCAUCCAGCACUUGGAUCAUGAAGCCCUGCGGGAAGGCUCAGGGAAAAGGCAUCUUCCUCAUCAACAAACUGUCCCAGAUCAAGAAGUGGUCCAGAGACAGCCGCACCUCCACGUUUGUAGCAGCAUCCAGUGGCAAAGAGGCCUACGUCAUCUCCCUGUACAUCGACAACCCUCUGCUGAUAGGAGGGAAGAAGUUUGACCUGCGUCUCUACGUUCUGGUGACCACAUAUCGGCCUCUGAAAUGCUACAUGUACAAGCUUGGCUUCUGCAGGUUCUGCACAGUCAAGUACACACCCAGCACCAGUGAACUGGACAACAUGUUCGUUCACCUCACCAAUGUGGCCAUCCAAAAACAUGGGGAUGAUUACAACCACGUCCACGGAGGCAAGUGGACGGUCAGUAACCUCCGUCUGUACCUAGAAAGCACCAGAGGCAAGGAGGUGACAAACCGACUGUUUGACCAGAUACACUGGAUCGUGGUGCAGUCACUGAAGGCCGUGGCUCCUGUGAUGAACAAUGACAAGCACUGCUUCGAGUGUUACGGGUAUGACAUCAUUAUUGAUGACAAGCUCAAGCCGUGGCUUAUCGAGGUCAAUGCCUCUCCCUCGCUGACCUCCAGCACAGCCAAUGACCGCAUCCUGAAAUACAACCUCAUCAACGACACUCUCAACAUCGUCACGCCCAACGGGGACAUCCCAGACUGCCGCUGGAAUCGCAGCCCGCCCCGAGAGGCCCUGGGCAACUAUCAAGUCCUGUACGACGAGGAGCAGGCGCAGAGCGAGAAUGCCGAGCGUGACCUGCGGAGCCGCUCGGGUCAGUCCCUGGGGUCAAAGGGCACCAAGGGGACUGCAGGCGUUCGCCCUGUUGCUGCCACAUGGAAGUGAGCUGACACUGCUGACUCUUAAUGACUUCCUGUACAUUAUUACAGAGCCCUGCAUUGGGGCACGGGGGAUUAAAAAAGAACCACGCAGACUUUUAGCCCAGCUGUUCGGUGGAGGACUGCUGCCUGUCUCCACAUUUGACUGACUGACGACACAGGAGGCAACAACUGUACUGCUGGAGGAAGGAUAAUCAUAAUAUGAUACAGUAUUUGAGGGGUUUAAAGGCUCAUUGUGUGAAUGAGUAACUGAAAAAGUACAAAUUACGUUGGUGGGGCUGAAAGUGAAGCCCAGUCUCACAUAUCUCAACAACAGCAACAGCAGUUCACACCCCAAUCCGAGCUCCCCAUGAAGAGAAGGAAAACCCUGCCAAAAAAAAAGCUAAGAAAGUGGAUAAAAGCUUGGGAGAGGCAAUUCCUAAAGGAAGAUCCCUCUCUUGGAUGGCUGUAGACGCUGCAGGUGGGAAAAUGUGUAAGUUACGCACAUCAGCGGUAUUGAAAUCCAACAUAAACAAGGUGGAUUAAAUAAACCUAAAUUAUGCAUGAUUACCGAGUCUGGACACUCUAACUUGACCCACCACACGGGUGCUGAGGCGAAGGAGCUCUCUCAGUGAGUCGUACAGGAAAAGAGAUAAGUGACAUAAUUAAAGCAAGGCGUAUAAAGAUCUUAUCUCCUUAUAGGCAGUUGAUGGAACGUAUUACAUAUGUAUAAGCCCCAAAAUAGAAUUUAAUAAUGUUUUUUAUAAGUGCAUUAUCAGUACAUGCAGAGGGGAGUGCUGAACCCUGUUGCACUUUAUUACUUUAUUUUAGCUUGAACAUUAUGUAGAUAUUUUGCACUUUGAGUUGGACAACUGACUUCAUACUGCUGCACAUCGAACAUGUUAAAUGCUAAUACGUGUUGGGAAUGUAUAUCUGUUCUGAGCUACUACCUGUUUAUCUCCCGCAAGUACAGAUGAGUGGCACUGGAAAAGAAAAAGGCUGUAUUUUGGUUUUUGCAGUAUAUGUUGUGCUAUUUUUUCACAAGUUUCAUCAGAGGCUUGGAGGUUUCCUUGGAAAGAAUGUAUGCUCAGGCUCAAGUCCAUGAUCAAGAUUAUCACACUUUAUUUACUGGGAAAUAAAUGGGUAUCUUCGGUCAGUAGAUGAAAGAAGGGUUGAGAAAGGGCUCAGUUGAAAACAUUUCUGCAACCCAGUUGUGAUUAAAUCAAGCUGUUCAGCCCUGUAGGGGCACCCAUUUGGCCAUUUGGUGCUUUGUGAAAUAAAAUUGUUGAUUCUUGACGUGAUGAGGAAAAUUCUUCACUGAUUAAAUAACAGGUUUCUUUAUUUGUUUUCUUUACUUCCUGAGAUUUUAAUUUAACUUACUUCAGUAAUGUGUUUCCUUUCACUUCACUGUAGUUAAGGGCCUCAAAGCCUUUGUUGACUCUAAUCUGUCUGGAGUUUAGAUUAAUCAGAGGUCAAUCCAUCAAAAGGCAAGUGACCUUUAUGUUCCUUAUGUAAAGUAAGUCUCUGCAUGUCACCGUUCCUUGACCUUGAAGGUUUGGCUCUCCUCCCCCAUCAGCACCUUGUUUCCUUCCAGCCCACGAGUUGGUUACUGUAUGCAGAAUAGCAGUUUGUCAAGGUGUGUGAGCCACUGAGUUGUUGGCCUGUAAUGAAAUGACCCUAAUUUCUGAGUCAUUUUAGCCAUUGCUGGGCUGUAAGACACACAUUUUCUCCUGCACUAGAGACCAAAAUUUACUGAUUCAACUCUGAGGUGUGUCUGACGGUCACAUAAGGAACUGGGUCGAUCAGAGGCCAGUUCCUGGUUUUGUCUGGCUGCUUUUUUUCUUUAUUGUGGUUACAAAUUGUGCAGUUUAUGUCGUGUACAUGACACAAAGCUUUUCUAUUUUUAGCCUUGCAGCGCUGAGAUCUCUGUAUGAGAAGUGCAUUGUUUCCUUUUACUUUUGUUUACUUUCAAUAAAAUAUCCAUAUUGGUGCUGCUUUGA